CAUACGGGGCGGGGUGCCGCUCAGUCCGGCGCACAGCGCAGAGCGCACCGUCACCAGCUGCUCUCCCUGCACCGUCUGCCCGUCUGACUGUACAACAUGGGUCUGGAAAAGGAGAAACUGGACACGAGCAUAAUUAUGGACGAAGACGAGUUCAACAGAUCUAUAGAACCCAUUCUGUCGAAGAAGGGGAAGGUGUAUACAGCGGCGCCGGACCGAGAUCCAAACGAUAUCAACGCGCACUUGAAGGUGGGUUUUGAAGAUGUCAUCGCGGAGCCCAUCUCCUCGCACAGCUUCGACAGAGUGUGGAUAGGAAGCCAUGCCGUGUUUGAGCUGGUCAAAUUCAUCUUUUACCGCUUGCUGACCACGCUGCUCGCCGUGCCCAUGGCUUUCAUCCUCGGACUGGUCUUCGGGGUGCUCAGCUGCAUCCACAUCUGGUUGGUGAUGCCGGUGAUCCAGUGCUUCUUGAUGCUAUUACCGUCAGUCCAGGUGGUGUGGAGGAGUCUGACUGACAUGUUCAUAACGCCGCUCUUUCACAGUAUGGGAAAGAUUCUGUCCUCCAUUCAAGUGGAGACCACUGAGAACUAAUGCAGACACCUCAAUGGAGAAAGAAAUGUAGGACAGAUUGCAGUCAAAGAAAAAAGAGUGAAUGAUGCCUGUAGUGGAACACAUGAGCUCUUUAUAAAGUAAAAUAUGAAAUCCUAUUACCUAUCCUAUAUAAAAGUAUUUAUAACUGUUCAUACAUACAGUUAUAAAUAGAUAAAAAUGAGGCUUAGAAAUUAUAAUUUGCAGUGAAGUCAUCUUCAAAAUUUUCAAAAUUUUGUAACAUUAAAAAACAAUGUAUUUCUAUUUUUAUCUAGGAGCUGAUAUACGAAUAAACAAUAGGUAAACAUUACCUAGAACUAAAAUAAAAUCUUUUAAACCAAAUUUACCCCAGUUUUAGCCCAGAUGCCAUGCCAUUUAACCUGCAAACCAACAAAUGCAUGCAAAUGGUUUAGUUUAUUACUCACACCACCAUAGGGAAGUAAAUGGUUGUGAUACUGUUUGGGACUUUGUGAAAAGCUCAUGUGCACCACCAAAAAUGGAGUUGUUUUGCUGAUUGUGACCAAAGAAAAUUCUCGUCAUUCCAUUUUACUUUGUGGCUGAGAGAAUCAGUUGGAGGAGUGUAAUGUUGUUGUUAAAGCACACAUACUGCUGACUUGCUGAGAGAUGUAAUAUUUCUGCUUUUUUUAUAUAUUGUAUAUUUUGCAAAUAAUUCAGCUAUAAGUUGAAUGAACAGAAUCAGAGUAGACAGUCGGAGAGAACUUCAAAUGAAUAUUAAAUGCUAAGAUGCAGCUUGUUGCACAUUUACAGGCUUAUUUUACUGUACCUGCUGUGUUAAUUUUACAGUGCAUUGGCAAUAAUAUUGGGCAUUUGCUUUUAUAUAUGGACCUAAGCUAUACACAAUAGAGUUAAAACAAGAUUGCAUAUCAUCGGGGGGCUGGCUUUCUAAUUUAAUAUUUAUGCAACAACUAAUUUUUGAUUGGCAAACAUUGAUAUUUGGCAGUGUCUGACAGAAGAGGACUUAUAACUAACUAUAUUGUGGUGAAGGCCUACCACAUUUCGUACUGUGUUUGGUUGAAGCCUCUGUUGAGUUGAGACACUGUUACAUGCAUAUUUAAUUGAGAGGUGCUUGUUCUUUGCUACAACCCUGCUGGUUAGUGGGCAGGGUUUGGAAUACUUCUACAGGCAGAAGGAGUCAGACAGCAACAUGAUUUGUACCUUUUUUGCAGUGGCUUUGAUAAAGUUGAGUUUUAGGUACAAGCCUGUAGAGUUUGCACUUGUUAUGGGCUGUACGAUUUCAAAUAUAAACGGCGAUAAACAGAGAGAGAUCAGUGGAACAGUUAUGUAGCAGAGUGUCAGGUACACACUUAUUGUGCAUUCUGGUGAUAUUUCAUCUUUUCUACACUUUAAUUUUGCUAUAACAAGUACAAACCCACAUCCAUCAGACACAGAGCAACAUUAGGAAACUUCUGGUUUAGCUACUAGAUGUGACACUUUCAUUAGAAGCUAGUUGUCUGUGGGUUGCUGCUGGUCAGGUAGUGCACAGGUGGUUUAUCAGAGCUGAAGACGGCUAUCUGGUGCUUCUUUAAACAGGGUAAGGUUGCAGAGACCUAAUCAUCAAAUCAAAAACAAAAUAAUGAACUAAAAGCAGAUAGAAAUCUCAGUAGAGCAGCAGACUUGGGUGAUAAUUCUGAUUUGAGUUCAUCACUGCAAGUGACACCUUUUACAUGGCAGUGUAGGUAUUCAACUGAUCCAUUGUUGAUAUAAAACAUACUGAUUAAUAAAGCAUGACAGGUCAUGGCUAAAUGUACUGUGCCAGGGGCUCUCCCCAGAAAACAGACAAAAUAAAAUAUGAUUUCAGGAAGUAAAGAUGAAUUCAUUACUGUACUAAAAUAAGGUUGUCACAAAGUGGGCAUAUGAACCAACCAGCCUGUUGAAUACAGUAUAGUUUGUGUGGUCGCCCAGGAAAAGAGAGUACAUUAAGUUACAUUAUAGCUGUAAAUAACAGCUACAUUUGCCUUUUUGACAAUUACAACUUGUUACUCACUGCACUGCAUACUAGCAAGCAAACCUGCUGAACUUCUUAACCGGAACGCAGAUAAUCAGACAGAGCAUGCCGCAGAUUUUCUUUGUGAAAAAGACACUGUCUGAUGUGAUGUUUUGAUUCCAGCUGACAACUGAAGGCCAGCAGUACUGUCAGAGCUUUUUUUUAAUCCUUUCACUGAUGUGGGACUGCUGACAACCUGCAAGCCAAUAUGCUUGUGUUUAGUUUUUCAACUCUAAGAGGAAAUUCAAGGUUGUGCAAUAGUGGAAGACACAGGUGUGUGGCUAAAGCUUUUUAUCUCCUCAGCACUAAUCAACCUCAGUUCAGUCCAGCUAGUGUUCAAGAGUUAUAUAUAUAUCCAUUUUACACAAAUAAAUCAUAAUGUGACAUGGAUCUGUCUGUAAAAAUACUACUUUUAUUUGUUUGCAUUUUAUUUGCUGGAUCAUUUUUAACUGUUGCUUCGUAAUAUACUCAUUUUGGAACUUUUUAUUUAACAAGCCAAAUGUGUUCUUUGUGACCAAAAUAAAUACAUUUUUCUUCAAGGUAA